GUCAAAACUGUUGGAAAAAUAUCAUAUGUAACUAUUAACUAUUAACAACAUUCAACAUAAACUACUGCAGCUAAUCACUCAAAUGACACAAGACUUUGCCAUCAUUCGAGAAAUCUAUGAGCAUGAAUACUCAACAGAAGAAUUUGAAGUGGAGCUGGACAGAGCACUGGAAACUAAAGCUCAGACAAUAAUUGUUGAGCCAGCAAGACUGGGAGAAGACACAGCCAGAUGGAUAGCAUGCGGAAACUGUCUCCACAAAACAGCUGUUUUGUCUGGUGUGGGAUGUCUUGUUGGUGGCUUAUUCUGGCCUAAUCGAGGGAUUGUGUUCUUACCCAUGGGAUUCACAAGUGUAGUUUGUGCUGGUGUGUAUGCUAUAUCAUGGCAGUUUGACCCAUGCUGUAAAUAUCAAGUCGAGUAUGAUCUCAUGAAAGUACCCAAAAUUCCACUCCAUUCUUUAACAACAACUACCCCUGUAGUGUUAGUCAGAAAAGAUGAUUAUCGAAGAAAAGUUCUUCAAAAUAUCUUAGCAAUAGCUGCUGGUUCUUUCUGUUUGUAUAAAAUUUAUAAAUGGCAUUCGUAGCAAAAUUAGAAUGAAUUACUUUAGUGGAUGUUAAUUGUACUACUACUAUCCUAAAAAAACUUAUUAUACCACACCAGUAGUUUUGUAGGUUUAAAUAUAUGAAAAAAAAGCAUGUUAAAAACUCUGUUCCAAAUAAUCUUCACUGUAAGGUUCCAUAUAUAAGUUUAUAUAUCUUUACUGAUCUUAGUAAGGUAUAUAUUUAAAGUAUUAUCUGUAAAAAUCAAUAAAACAGUGACUUCUAAUUGGUGCUCUAAUUAUUAUACAAAGGAUUUUUCAUACUGUACUGUAAUUAUAUAAGUCAUAAGUGACAUUAUGUUGGUAGCCCUGAUGUGUUCUUACAUUUUCUGGCUGAUAUAGGAAUAACUGUUAACUUUUAAAUGUGUAUAGUAUCUUUUUAUAUUCUUGGACUUAAGAAAUAUUUGAGGUUUAUUAUGUCAAUUGUGUUGCCUUCAUGUAUAUUACUGGACCUGUUAGUAAAAUCUGUUACUUUAUGUUUGAUUGUAUGAACAAAUAAUUUUAAUUAUGUGACAUGUCUAGGUUCAUGUGUUAAAUAAAAUGUAUAUAACAUAAUUGACUAAACACAUAGCCUACAUUUUUAAAAUUGUUUUAUGAGUUCACAUGUACUAGGAUAAAAUAAAGUUAACUUCUUAGCCAACUUCUAUGUUUUGUCUUGAAGGCUAAC